CAGUGUCUCAGAUUUUUUAUUGGAACACACCAGUUCUUUGGUCAUAUUUGAAGUACUUUAUAUCAUAUUUAAUGGAAUAUGAAACGGAAGAGACAUUUAUUUCUCAGCUGCUACAUCAUCUCAUUUCUCAACGUUGGCAGGGCAAAUGGACAGCGUUGUCACAAUGAAAUAUGAACAAGAUAAGUUGGCAUAAAAAAAAACAUUCCUUUGGUUUCUGCUAUUAGGACAACAUAAACUAAAGCUCCUAACACUAGCAGACCAAAGAACAGUCCUGUUAGUGUCUUACAGCAUUCUGGUUAAUUACAGUUGGAAGGAUUUAAAAAGAAAUACAGAUGGCUUUGGGAUGCUUGUUUAAUCUAUUAAGAUACAAAAGUAUGAUAAGAUUUGUUGAGAAGGGUAAAAAAAUUAUGACUGAAAGGAGCAAUUCUAAAUCUGAGCUGGAAAGCAUCUGGUGACUCUCAUAUGACGACUGUAGAGCUUUAAGAGCCAACAUGUGAACUUAAAGCGUGAAACGAGUGUGAAAAUGUUGUUAGAAAUGGGCUUUCUGACAUAUCAAGCUAAAUAGCUAGCAGCGGGAAAGGUUUGUUGUGAGCAAAGGUUGGUGACUGGAGCUAGUUCUUCUCUGGGCUUCGUGACCUCUCGAAUAAAACGCCACCAACAAUUAAACAUGGGGUAUAAAGACAACACAAUGAGCCACCAACAAGCUGUGUUUUGAAUAAAUCUAGUUUUUUUUGUUUUGUUUUUGUUUGGUUUGGGUUCGCCCAUUUAAACUGACAGAGAAGACCAGGACAAUGUCCAAAAUUAAUAAUAAAAGGAUUUGCACCUAGAUCUGUUUCAAAUUAGGUAUCCUCCAUCAUUUUCAUAUUACUUCACAAUUAUGCCACCGUUAGUGUUAGUAACAAAUCCACAAAAAAGAUAUAAAGUGGAACAUUUAACAUUUCCAUGGCAGUGUGUCUGCGAUUCAACGGCAAAAUUAAGUGAUUCAAAGUCAAAUGUAACAUAAAAGGUAAUAAACAUAAGCUAUGAAGUGAAAUAUGAAACCAUGAUUGUGAAUUUCUGACAAAAGUUCCAAAGUUUAUGAAGACCUAUUUAUAAUUUAUGAUAACAUUUAUAGUUGUCAAACAAUAUUCACGUUUUAACUAAAUAUUUUUUCUAAUGUCACAUUUUCUAAUCCCAUUUAAUAGUUACUAGGGUGGUAAAGGUCGAAGUAAUUUUUAAAUUGAAGUUAUGGUCAUGAUCAAACAGUAAUUUCGACUUGGUAGACACUGAAAGACUUAAUUAUGAAUCUUUUUUUAUCCCUCAUAAUCAGGACUUUUUAGUCUCCGUUACGACACAAUGUCUCGGUUUGUUUUUCUUUCAUUUAGCGGAAAAUGCCUCCGCAGAAAUACCACGGAGGAAACAUUUUGAACAAAGAUUUCUUUACUACUUAGUAACAUCCCGUAUGUAGUUCGCUGUCCUUAAACCACGUUCGGCUCCAGGUUUGACACUCACGCGGCCAUGUGAGUCGUAUUUACGCCCUGAAAUGAGCCAAUCACGGGCGGCGUGAGUCACGGCGGGGACAGCCGGCUGUAACUCCUCUCUGUUCGGUAUCAGCGGUUAUUCUCCAUCCUCCACUUCUGCCAAACAUGGCCGAAACCUCCGGGAGCAACAAGGCAGCGGAGCGCAUAGGAUACAUCACCCGAGUCCAGAGCUUCAGCGCCUGCCACCGGCUCCACAGUCUCCACCUGAGUGACGAGGAAAAUAAAGAAGUCUACGGAAAGUGCAACAAUCCCUACGGUCAUGGACACAACUACAAGGUGGAGGUGACUGUAUGUGGAAAAAUUGAUCCAGUCACCGGCAUGGUCAUGAAUCUGACGGACCUGAAGAGGUGUAUUGAGGAAGUCAUCAUGAUUCCUCUGGACCACAAAAACCUGGAUAAGGAUGUUCCGUACUUUGCCAACGUUGUGAGCACCACGGAAAACCUGGCCGUUUACAUCUGGGACAACAUGGCGAAGGCUCUUCCCGCCAGCCUGCUCCACGAGAUCCGGAUUCACGAGACGGAUAAGAACAUCGUAGUGUACCGAGGAGAGUAAAGCCGCAGGAGUUUUAAGUCAGUUCUGAUUCUGUUCCUCAACUGACGGGAAGCUCAAAUAAUGUGAUCUUAAGUACGUUUGACAGAGUAUGAACGUUUUCCCAUUUAAUUUUAUCCUUUAUUUUCAUUUAAUGACCAGAGGCCUCAUGCAUAAAAGAGUGCGCAGUUUUCACACUAAAACUUGGCGUAUGGAAAAAUUUAGAAAAGUGUGGCGCACAAAAAAAAUCGGAUGCAUAAAGCCGUGCGCACGCACAUGGCCACGCACCUUUUCUUUAUAAACCCUAAUUUGUGGGAAAUAGAGCAAAUUUUCAAGAAAAUUUCAGGAAUUGAUCUCAAAAUUUCUGAGUUUUUGGGCAGAAAUAUACUCUUCUUUUUUAUGAGUGGCCCUGCUGCCACUCAUAAAUGCAUCUGAAUUAGUAUAGAAAUCCGGACGUCUGCCACUACAUGAAGCAAUAACCAUGGCAACGUCCUUGUUUGAAGCAGUAUAAGUACAUAAUAAUAAUAAUAAUAAUUAUAUAUUUUAUUUAAAAGGUGUUUUAAUGUCACCUCACCAAAAUAAAAAUAAAUUUUGAAGAAAAAAAAUCCAAAUUAAAAAACAUAAAAGGAUCUUGCAAAUGCCUGUUUGAAAAGUAGCACGUUCAGCCGGGGUUUAAAGACAGGCAGCGUGUCAGAGAGUCCUUUGAGAGGGAAUGUGGACCUUUAUUCCAAAUAGUAGAUGCUUUGUGUCCAUAAGCCGCAUUCACAAAGCGGGCAACUCGACUGAAGGAUGUCUGCAGCUGGACCGGUACCGGUACAGCACCACUCUUUACGUUUCGCUCAGAGCUCUUGGAUGAUCAGUCUGGAUGAAUCUAAACGCUCAUAAACCAUCAUCAACAUUUCGCAGCAGAUCAACAUGAUCUCUGAUCAAUCGCUCCCUCUGAAUCCUUCCCUUGGCGAUGUUCUCCAUCAGAGCCAAAGUGCUCCACAAUUACGCAGCUACUUAGAUACGUGUGAUUGCGUACACACUUUGAUCACCUUAAAAAUAUUCAAACCUGUUGAUUAUUUUUAAUCAGCAGGUUUGAGUUAAUCUGCUGAUCCAACCCUGUUUUCUUCCUUUAGUGAGAAUGAAACUACCCCAUGAAUGCAUCUCAGGCGCUUCGGCGCACGGACCAAUGCGUUACAUCUUCAUGAGGCAAAAACUGAGAAAAAGUACUAUUUACAUUCGAGUGAGGUUUUCACAUACGUUUAUUUUUAUUUUCUUUAUUUUGUGGUUCAGUUUCAUUGUUUAUGUUUACACAGUAAAAUAUUAAAGUCGUGAAAAACAUCGAGUUUGAUGCUUCUCGGUCUAAAUACCACCGAAUGCAGUCAGAUUCCAGUGUAUUUAGGUGAGUUUUGACGCUUUGUAGUUUGAUAUUGUCCACAGAAAACGUUUGCGUGGCUGCCGCACAUUUUCAUGCCAGCGGGAAAGUGUGCGUAUAUUUACCCAAACUUUGACGCAAAGUUAAUUUUUUACAGAUGCCGACUUGUGUGUAAAAUAUGGCGCCGCAAAUUAUGCGCACGCACGCUUUUAGCAUGAGGCCCCUGAGCCACACAUUUGACCGCCGUUUGGACAGGGAGAGUCAUCGGCUUUGUGUUUAUUUUUAAAGUUUUAUUCAAUUUACCAUUUUAUGAUUGUUGGUGUUAUUGUGAAGCACUUUUAUCCACUGCUGUUGUUUCUAAAUGUGCUGUAUAAAUAAAGUCGAUAUUGAGUUGAG